AUAUAAGCUUAAAUGACGUUAGGUUCUGACAUCAGUCGCACAGCUGCUAUCGAAUACAACAUAUCAAAAUGAAAUCCAUGAUCAUCGUCGCCCUCGCCCUUGUGGCCGUCGCCGCCGCUAUCCCCGUCGACGAACCUGCCAAGAUUAUCAGUGCUAACUACGACUCGAAGCCUGAUGGCGGUUACAACUUUAAUUUCGAAACCGAGAACGGUAUCAAACGCGUGGAAGAGGGUUCAGUGAAGGACGUCGUUGACGAGGAGAACAAGCCCCACUCAGUCGUCGUUGUCCGCGGUUCGUACUCCUACGUCAACUCUGAAGGACAAUCUGAGGUCAUUGACUUCGUCGCUGACGAGAACGGUUACCGCGCAGAGGGACCUUCCGUCCCCAAGGUCCCCGCCAGGAGAUAAGCUACUACUGACUUCUCAUCGAUUUUAAUUAUACUUCGAUAGUUUUAUUGACAAUGAUCUGUUAUGCCUAGUGACUUUGUUAUCGUUUAAGUUUGCCAGUCAGACGGGAGCGCGCGGUGGUGCCACGCCACCCUUUCUUCUUAGCGUCCCUUGUUAUUUAAUUUUGUUACCUGUUGACUUUUAUUGUAAUGUGAUCGCAAUGUUAAUAAAUGAAAAUGAGAAGACCGAAAUUUUGGUAUAUUU